GUUUUCGGCUGCUCGGCUCUGAUUACCCAGCAGCCCUGGCGGUGCGAGCGGGAAUUUCCGGCCGGAGCCGCCGCUCAGCGACAACAUGACGUCGGCCCUGGAGACUUACAUCAACCGUACUGUUGCAGUCGUUACAGCAGAUGGAAGAAUGAUUGUGGGAACCUUAAAGGGAUUUGACCAGACAAUCAACCUAAUCCUGGAUGAGAGUCAUGAGCGAGUAUUUAGUUCACAACAAGGAGUGGAACAAGUAGUACUUGGCUUGUACAUAGUGAGAGGAGACAAUGUGGCAGUCAUUGGUGAAAUAGAUGAAGAAACAGAUUCUGCAUUGGAUUUAGGAAACAUCAGAGCUGAACCUUUAAAUUCUGUGGUACACUGAAAGACGUAAGAACUUUGUGAAUGCAUGGCUGGCAUUGAGGAGAGUGGAAAACUGAUGCUUUCACAAUAGUGCAUGUAGGCAAUUUGAUGUUUGAAGAAUGAAAGAAUAUUUCCUAUUUGAAUAUUUUUAUGUCUUUGUAGUUUUGAAUAUGUACAUAAAUAUUUCUUAAAACUUGAUUGUAUCGAGUUCUUACUGAUAAAAAAAUAAACGUAAAAUACAAUUUUAAA